UCAUCCCGCCCCCAUUCUCUCUCAUCUGUAUUUCUCUCGUACCUCCCCCAUUCCCUCGCCUAGGGUUUAAAAUCUCUCUGCCCCUCCGUCCUCAUCCUUAUCCCGAUUUCCUAAUUCCGAGUCCCUUGUGCCUUUUAUUUUUUGGAUCUUCGCCAUGAUGCAACAGCCAGCUCAGAUGCCAUCGGAUCAGCAGAGCCAGCAGUAUCAGCAGCAGUGGAUGAUGAUGCAGCAGCAGCAGCAGCCUGUCCCUCCUCCGGCAGGAUGGGUCCCACAGGCUGUUCCGCCGCCUCAGAUGGCCCAGGCUCAGGCUCAGCAGUACCUGGCCCCGCAGAACGCCGGUUCCGAAGAGAUCCGAUCCCUCUGGAUCGGAGACUUGUUGCCUUGGAUGGAGGAAAAUUAUCUCCUCACAUGUUUUUCUCACACCGGAGAGGUUGUAUCUGCUAAGGUUAUUCGCAAUAAGCAAACAGGAGUAUCUGAGAGUUAUGGUUUCAUUGAAUUUGUUAGCCGUGCUGCAGCCGACAGGGUUUUGCAGACGUACAAUGGUACACUUAUGCCAAAUACAGAGCAGAAUUUCCGGCUCAACUGGGCUACUCUUGGUGCUGGCGAGAGGCGACAAGACGAUGGUCCUGAUUAUACAAUUUUUGUGGGAGAUUUAGCAGCUGAUGUUACUGAUUACUUGCUUCAAGAAACCUUCAAAGCCGCAUAUAAAUCAGUUAAAGGUGCAAAAGUUGUCACUGAUAGGACCACUGGACGUUCUAAGGGCUAUGGGUUUGUCCGGUUUGGUGAUGAAAGCGAGCAGUUGCGUUCAAUGACUGAAAUGAACGGCCAGUAUUGUUCUACAAGGCCCAUGCGCGUUGGCCCAGCUGCUACAAAAAAAUCUGUCGGCGGACAGCAAUAUCAGAAACCUAGUUACCAGAAUACUCAAGGAAACCAGGGGGAGAAUGAUCCAAAUAAUACAACAAUAUUUGUUGGGGGUUUGGAUUCAAGUGUCACAGAGGACUUGUUGAGGCAAGUGUUUGGUCAGUUCGGUGAGCUAGUUCAUGUCAAAAUACCAGUGGGCAAGCGUUGUGGAUUUGUUCAGUUUGCUAGCAGAACGACUGCUGAGCAGGCAUUAUCAUUAAUGAAUGGAACUCAACUAGGUGGACAAAGUAUUCGACUAUCAUGGGGGCGUAGUCCGUCAAACAAGCAGACUCAGCCAGAUCAGACACAGUGGAACGGUGCAUAUUAUGGAUACCCACAAGGAUACGAUGCAUAUAACUAUGCACCUCCUGCUCAAGACCCCAACAUAUACUAUGGAGGCUAUCCUGGAUAUGGAAAUUUCCAGCAGCCUGGUGGUGCUUACCAACAACCACAGCAGUGAUAUUAGCGAUGUCGAGUCUGAAGGCCGGCCUCACUGUGUUCCCAAUGCGAUUCUGGUCAUCGGAUGUAGGAAGGUGUGGGUUUCCAUAUCAAUUUGUUUCAGUUAUAAGUUUCUUUUUUCCCUUUCUUUUGGUCUUCCUUGUGUUUAUUGUGAUAUCCAGUAUGUUGAAGGCACUACUAUGGUGAUGCUGAUGUGCGUCUUUGAUCUACUUUAAUGUCUUGUACAAUAUGGAUUUGCAAAAUAUCCGCUGUGUAUGGACUAUUAUUUGUCUACAUAUUAUUGAUAGCUCGUAUUUGCUUUUUAA